CGAAAUGAAGUUGCUGGUGAUCCUGCUCAUCGUGGUAUCUUCGGUUCAGAUAGCGUGGAGUGUUAAUUGUUCAAUCGAAAGCUUUGAGUACGCACCUUCAAUCGCGGACGAGUUUUGUGUGCUGAAAGGCCUGAAGACGGAUGUGGCUACAGCGGGAAACAAGCUAACGGAUCCAUCGAUUACGCGCGUGGCCAUCGAGAACUCAUCGCUGAACCGCUUAACAGCCGCUUUCUACGAACGAUUUCCACGGCUCGAGCAUUUGAUAGUGCGCGACAACGGUCUAGAGCAGCUGCACAUCACCGGCAACGUCCGUAUCAUCGAUGCCUCAGGAAAUAAGAUUAAAUCGGUCACCGUUCAAGGUGGGGGAUCUCUGCGGGAGUUGAAUUUGCGCAACAAUCCGAUCAGUGACAUCAGUCCCAUCAGCCGCUUGGUAGGCUUGACCAAGCUGAAUCUAGGGAAUUCGUCCAUUAAGGAGGAUCCCUUUUCCUUCGACUUAACCCUUCUGUGUCACCUUACCAACCUUACCGAGUUAAUUUUCGACGAAUUGGAUAUUUUCUACCUGGACAAUACCAGGAAUUGCACACUGCCGAAUCUACGAGUGCUGGACUUGUCGCGGAACUCCUUCAUCCAUUUCAACUUUAAACUGGAUUUGUUCCGCAAUAUGCCGAAGCUCGAAGUGAUUUUGCUGCGCAAUUGCCUGGUAUCUAACCCGAUCGUACAGUUUGAGGAGUUGCGGAGCGAUUUUCCGUCCCUGAAGAAGAUCUACCUCGAAGGAAAUAGGUUCACGUGUUCCUUUUUGAGUGAGCUGCUGGCUCACUUGAAGGCAAAUGGAAUCGAGCCGGUUGAACCAGAACAGUCUGAGUUUUGUGAUGAGAGAUUCCGUCAUGUUGCCAACAUGUGCUGUGAUCCCUUGAAUGUUUCACCUUCGGAUACGAAAGCAGGCAUAACCACGGCUCAAAUGCUAGAAGAGAUGGAUUGGUUGGCUAAGCUCCAGCUCGCCCACCGAAACCUGAAACGCGUGGUUACUGCACACCUAGAUAACAUGAGAAAAAAGAAUAUCCUUUUAUCGCUGUUCGACCGUUUCAACUCACGCUAAACAAAUUGCAGAACGACCACGUGUACCAACAGUACAGCGUAUCAGCUGAAAUUGUACUCAAAAAUAAAAAUAAUAAAUCAUAAUGUCCUCGGUAGCGCUGUUU